CUUCUCGGAUCAAUUUCUCGUGAGAUCCAACGCAUCAACAAAUAAUGUAAGCUGAAAAUGGAUUUUUGAGCACAAAAAAGGGGGAAAAAAAAAAUCGGAGGGAAGGGAAGGAAGGAUAUAUAAUAGAUAUCAGAUAUAACUAUAAAUAUGGAGGGAGUUGUCCUUGUGGCUCUGUGUACGAUACCGAAGGAGAGAAUCGCGCGCACAACAAGAAAAGCAAACUAGUCAUCGGAGUUUCUUUAACACCACCUCCCCACCGCAAAUGCCGUUCUGACCUUCAUCCUUUCUCUUUCUCUCUCUAGGGUUUACCGGAUCUCAUUCCUUUUCUUGCCGAAUUCUCAGUCGCCGAAAACGAAGAAUUUUCAGCAUCUGCGAUUUGUUCUGCUGCAAAUUGCUCUCGGAACUCGGAGAACUUUCGGUUUCAUCGCAUAGAUUGGCAUGCAAUUGAACGUAGUCUGCGAUGUUGAGGCGUUGAAUCGGUCCUAAAGGGAUGAGAUUUCUCUUCGUUGACAUAACCAUUACUGGUUAGAAAGCAGAGGAAAUGGAUUCGGCGAGAAGUUGGUUUCAUAAACUUCAACCUCGCGAAAAGCUGAGGGCUUCAACGAAGAAGAAGGAGCCUUGCUCUGGAGAUAACGGUGAAUCGAAUCCGCAAAUGGAUGAGGAAGCGCUCUCCAAUAUCACAAAGCAGAAAGUUGCGGCGGCGAAGCAGUACAUCGAGAAUCACUACAAGGAGCAAAUGAAAAAUCUUCACGAGAGGAAAGAACGACGAAAUAUUUUGGAAAAAAAAUUGGCUGAUGCUGAUGUCUCUGAGGAAGACCAAAACAACCUUCUUAAAUUCUUGGAGAAGAAGGAGACUGAAUAUAUGCGCCUUCAAAGGCACAAAAUGGGAGCUGAUGAUUUUGAGCUAUUGACAAUGAUUGGCAAGGGUGCAUUUGGAGAGGUUCGUAUCUGUCGGGAAAAGACAACUGGUCAAGUAUAUGCAAUGAAAAAGCUCAAGAAAUCAGAAAUGCUUCGCAGGGGUCAGGUUGAGCAUGUGAAAGCUGAAAGAAAUCUGCUUGCUGAGGUUGACAGCAAUUACAUCGUCAAACUCUAUUGUUCUUUUCAAGAUGAUGAGUAUCUUUAUCUCAUUAUGGAAUAUCUACCGGGAGGAGAUAUGAUGACUUUACUUAUGAGAAAGGAUACUUUGACAGAAGAUGAAGCUCGAUUUUAUAUUGCAGAAACUAUUCUGGCAAUUGAAUCAAUUCACAAGCACAAUUACAUUCAUAGGGAUAUUAAGCCCGAUAAUUUGCUACUUGAUCGAUAUGGGCAUUUGAGACUGUCUGAUUUUGGACUAUGUAAACCACUAGACUGCAGUAAAAUCCAAGAAGGGGAUUUUUCAAUAGGGAACAAUCAGAAUGGAGUUACACAAAGUGAUCAGCACCCUUCUGCUCCAAAACGCACGCAGCAAGAACAACUGCAACAUUGGCAGAAGAACAGGAGGAUGCUAGCUUAUUCCACUGUUGGUACGCCAGACUAUAUUGCUCCAGAGGUGCUGUUGAAAAAGGGUUAUGGUAUGGAAUGUGAUUGGUGGUCACUUGGUGCUAUUAUGUAUGAAAUGCUAGUGGGUUACCCGCCUUUCUAUUCUGAUGAUCCAAUGUCAACCUGCAGGAAGAUAGUUAAUUGGAGAACUCACUUGAAGUUUCCUGAAGAAGCAAAGCUAUCUCCAGAGGCAAAAGACCUUAUUACUAAACUCUUGUGUAAUGUCAACCAGAGGCUGGGAUCAAGAGGAGCAGACGAAAUAAAGGUUCAUUGUUGGUUUAGAGAUGUUGAAUGGGACAAGCUCUAUCAGAUGGAAGCUGCAUUUAUUCCUGAGGUCAAUGGUGAAUUGGAUACCCAAAAUUUUGAAAAGUUUGAAGAGGCGGAAAGUCAAACACAAACUUCAUCCAAAAGUGGUCCUUGGAGAAAAAUGCUCUCUUCCAAGGACCUCAAUUUUGUGGGGUACACGUAUAAAAAUUUUGAAAUCAUCAACGAUUAUCAAGUGCCUGGGAUGGUGAUUCAAUUUCGAGUUGCUAGUGGGAGAACUAGUUUGAUUGACGGAUUCAUUUUUUUUUUCUCUCCCUCUGUAGCUGAGCUGAAGAAGAAAAGCAACAAACCAAAGAGGCCGUCUAUCAAAGCCCUUUUUGAUGGUGAUUCGGAGUCUUCGGAGGCAUCAGAUACGCCUCCAACUAAUCAACAUGUGCAAGGCAGCUUUUUGAACCUCUUGCCUCCCCAAUUAGAAGUAUCCGAGGAGCUGAACGACUCCUAAUCCCGUCAAUCUAUCUGAUGGACUAGGAGCUUGUUUGUCUCGAACUUGACCUUCACACGCCGCUCACUUGUAAUUCUUGAUGCUGCCUUCCACGCCCGAAUUUUUCCUUUUCAGUGGCUACAUCAGCAAGUAAAACUUUUGAAGUUUGAAUGCCAAAGGCUCAUCAAAGCCUGAUCAACAGAGGUGCUGGUUUUUGAAGCAUCGGUUUAGCAUUGACUCUAUGGGAGAAAGGGUCCUGUAAGUCUAAUAAAAAAAAAAAAAAAAAUCUAAUUUUGUAAUUCGUUCACUAAUGAUAUGUUCUGUUUUCUGUUUCCUCUUUUCCUUAUUCUUCCAACUCACGAAAUGGUGUACAAAGAUGUCCAAACUCAUAUCAUGUAUACUUUACUCCAAUUCUAUAAUAACAAGGCCAUUUAAUAUUAGCAAAAUAGGGAUUUGCUUGUGCCACUUUCUUAUCAUAUACACAAAUAACAGCACCAACUUCAAUCCCAGUUCCCAAUAUAUGCAAGAGUGUGGCUUGUAUAAUUCGUCGAGCAUUUGGACAGUAAGCCGUUUGGACCUGGCCC